CUCGCAAGUCAGCCCAUCUUUUGGAUCCACCUAACUCCUCGGAGGAUUUAUAGAAGCCCCUAUCCAGCCAAAGCGCCGUGGAAACACUGAUAGUCUUUUUUCAGCUAUCUCUCGAAGUUACAAGCUUUGACCUAGACUAAUCCCGUACGAUAGUCGCAACCUUUCCACCAGGCAUACAUCCAACGCCUCUAGGAACAAGGACCGACUGUCUUCCUCCCGUCUCCUCCAACAAUCUUGCCCCUCAUAUAAUACAAGGUUCUCGGCCAUUAUUCAAAGAUGUCUAUCAAUUGCAGUCUACUCCAGUUUCCAAAUGACCCCACGGCCUAUGUGCCAUCCUACUUGAGUUCGCCGCCACCACCAACGCAGCAUCUUCCCCGAGCUUUGCCUUCGAGCACAUUCACUGAAAACUGUCAAAUCCUCGAAUCUAAGUGCACAAAUCGUCGGAGUGUUGGAUCUUCUCCACCGUCCUCAUCAUGCACCGACAGUCGGGUCAGCAAAGCUAAGAAAGGAAAGCGCGUGCAUGCGUGCGAAUACCCAGGAUGUACCAAAAUCUUUACCCGAGCCGAGCAUAGGCGACGCCAUGAAUUGAGUCACAAGAACAAAAAAUCCCAUUCCUGCACAUACAUCGGGUGCCAUAAGUCAUUUCAUCGCGCGGACUACUUGGCGCAGCAUAUGGCACGACAUGGCGGGGAGCCGAUUUCACCAAAAACAAAACACGCCUUGUUGAUCAAGACCGAGCCGGCCCCAUAUUCCCUAUCCGGCCCUUCACUCUCUCGGACCUAUCCAGCAAAGUCGCCAAUCACGAAUAAUGUUCUAUCAAUUGAAAGCUGCGGGAAUGGGAUAUACAGAUCAACCGCUCAAUCUUCAAUGCGGUGCUCACAGUGCUUCGGCUGCGGGAAUAACCUACAAUGUCAUGGGCAAGGCCCACAUAUUAACAACUAUUCAAACACUGUGAAUUACAGCCCCAUCUUCGCUGUGCCGAGUCCCUCGGGGCUUUGUGAAACCCACGACCCGAACACACCAUUUUCCUCGGCAGGAUCCGACUCGGUCAUUGAGAAUUACACGGGAAGUAUACUUCGACCUGAAGCAUUCAUAACACCUCUACAAACCAUGUCCCCACCUCCCCAAACGGAAGAAUCGAUGAACGCAUCUUUCUGGGAUGCCAAUAUUGACCCCAAUCUCGCCCCAAUGAGUCCCGCAAUCUUCAACAACGACACUCCAUAUCCCACUUAGUCCUCCGACAAUGGCGAUACAUCGCCUAAUGUACAGACAUAUCAGGCAAAACCCCCACCAGCUGCGGGCGCGAGUUCCCAGUUCUGAUAAGUUGCCAAUUGAAUUACGUCCAAAAUUAGCGCUCUCUUCUCGUUAUCAGUGGCUCCAUCAUGCAAAUUCAAAUUUUCCAGUCUGUGCUUGACUUCCCAGUCGUUGAUUCGCGGAAUCCACAGUGAAGUUUGUGCUAUACUACUUCUUUUGGAUCAGGGCCAC